GAAAACGAAAUCCACAGCUGCGCCAGGUACUCUCUCUACACAUCCAUGGGCAGGUAAAUCUCUCGUCCCAUCUCUCUCGUUUCAGCAGUGAAAUGAAACCAAGACGUGACACUUGAAAUGCCAUCAAGACGACGUUUUGGAGCAAUAAAUCCGCCUCAUUGACACAACAGUUCCGGGAGAAGCUGGUGUCCGGCUCCGUCGUCGGGUGUGGACUAUGCACUUCAGCGGCCACAUCAGUGUUUUUCUCCUGGCUUUGUACACCUGUGGAUGUCUCCCACAUGUUUCCGCCUGCAAACAGGAGCCAGAGACUCCAGACUGGAGGAUGACUCUGAAAACUAUCCGUAACGGGAUACACAAGAUCGACAAAUAUCUCAAUGCAGCUCUGGACCUGUUUGGGGGCGAUGACGGACUGUGUCAUUACAGGUGUAGUGAUGCAGGGUACAAGCCGGUGCAUCGUCCUGGAUAUAAGCAGCCCCCACCCAAUGGCUGUGGCUCCCCACUGUUUGGAUUUCAGUUUGACAUAGGUAUCCCGUCCAUGACAAAAUGCUGUAACCAACAUGACCGCUGCUAUGACACCUGCAACCGUGAGAAGCACGAGUGUGAUGACCAGUUCCAGGACUGUCUCGAGACCAUCUGCAGGAAUGUGCAAAAGACUCUGGGACUGGCCCACAGUGUCCAAGCAUGUGAGUCAGCAGUGACUCUGCUGUUUGACGCUGUCAUGCACAUGGGAUGUAAGCCGUACCUGGACAGCCAGCGAGACUCCUGCGUGUGUCAGUUUGAAAUUAAGAAGGAACUGUGACACCAUCGAUACGAACCCGAAUUGUGGACUGCACUAAUACAAAAGCACAACAUGAACGUCAGCAAUAAACUCUUGCGUUCAGACUUGUGGAUUUCCUCAGGAAUAGAAUCUGACAUUUAUCUGUGCUGCUCUUCUACGAUGUAUUGAAGUUGAAUGUGAAAAUAUCUAGUUUAUAGAGUGCACAGUUGUAUGCGGUUAAUUAUUUAUAUUUGUGUUAAUACUGUUUGAUAUGUUUGUGCUGUGGAGGAGAGGUAACAGGGUGUUCAACUUUUGCAUACCCAGAUAAGAUCGAGUCUGUGGUUUAUGCCUCCAGCCUUUAUAACUUCCUAGUUAAUAACUUUGUACUUUGUAUGCAGGUCCACUGAAAGAAAGAGAAAGAGAAACAUUUCCAGUAAGACAAUUAAUAAUACAGACAUCAAUCUAGGUGGAAAUGGUGUAGCUCUCCUCUGAGAAUCAGCAUCUGCUUUUAAACUGAACACAUUGUGCCAAAUUACAGUCUUUGUAGGAAAUUAUUAGGAGAAUUUUACCCAAAAAUCACCGCCCUGUGCCUCCUUCCAUGACCCUAAAAGCAAUAUGUGACAAGCAAGAGUCUGUUUCUACAGCUCCUUGGUUUUCCAAAACCCUAGUUUUAAAAAAUGUAUUGGUAUACUCAAC